UAAUUUUUUUUGUUAUUUUAAAGCUUUUAGCAACUUUAAGCUUUUUAAGCUCAGGUUCCUAUCAGAGGAGAAUUGGGCAGGACUUCCUAAGUUGUAUGUGUCAAUCAUCCAUUAGUGGAGCAAUACCUCAAAUUAUACAUGCAUUAAAUGCUAUAAUGCCACAAUGGAUAACAUUCCCUACAGAACAUGAUGAGAUUCAAACUAUUCAGCAAACGUAUUUCAUUCACACAAAUUUUCCGGGUGUCAUAGGUGCGAUUGAUGGAACGCAUGUAGCCAUUUGGCCACCUGAAAAAAACAGGGAACACUUAUAUAUAAACAGGAAAUUGUACCACUCUUUAAAUGUUAUGAUUCUAUAGUUGCAAACCAUGGUGGCCGUACGCACGAUGCAAGGGUAUGGAACUCAAUUAUCGAG